AUGUCCACUUCAGGGAAACUCACCAUCUCCAUUGACCGUGGUGGUACAUUCACGGAUGUUCACGCUAUUGUUCCUGGUCGUGCAGAUAUAGUGCUGAAGCUUCUAUCUGUCGACCCAUCCCAUUAUCAAGAUGCCCCUACUGAAGGCAUUCGUCAGAUUUUGGAGCUGGCCACGGGGGAGCCACAUCCUCGAGGCCAGCCUUUGAAGCUGGACCGUAUUGGCUGUUUGCGCAUGGGUACAACUGUUGCAACAAAUGCUUUACUUGAACGCAAGGGGGCCCGCUCAGUACUGCUCACUACCAAGGGUUUCCGGGACCUUCUGAAAAUUGGCGACCAAUCUCGCCCUGCUAUCUUCGACCUGUCAAUGGCACGCCCGGGAGUACUUCCUGAAAGUGUUGUUGAAGUCAACGAGCGUGUGCUUCCCUGUCACCCCUCCGCAGAUGAAGAUUGCUUCUCGAAUUGCCGACUGGUUGAAGGUGUCACAGGCGAGAAGUUCCGCGUGGUGCAAGAGCUGGACCUUGCCCACGUGCAAACAGAACUCCAAAGGCUCAAGGAGCAAGGCUAUCAGUCACUGUCAGUGGCACUUUUGCAUUCUUUCGCAUACCCCGAGCAUGAGCGUCAAAUCGGCGAACUGGCUCAACAAUUGGGAUUCUCGGUCACCCUCUCUUCCCAGCUUCAGCCCAUGAUUAAGAUUGUGCCCCGAGGAAUGUCAGCCGCCGCCGAUGCCUACUUAACGCCUGUUAUCAAAACCUACAUCGACUCCAUCUCUGCAAGCUUUGAAGGUGGUUUGGAGAGCCAACAAGACUGUCGGUUUGAAUUUAUGCAAUCCGACGGUGGUUUGGUCGAUUUCCGCAAGUUCAGUGGACUCAAAGCUAUUCUUUCAGGACCCGCUGCCGGCGUGGUCGGAUUCGCAGCUACAAGUUAUGAUCCCACCGAGAAGACACCCGUCAUUGGAUUUGACAUGGGCGGUACCAGUACCGACGUUUCGCGUUAUGAUGGUCACCUGGAACAUGUGUUUGGGUCUAAGCUUGCAGGUGUUUUGAUCCAGUCCCCCCAACUUGAUAUCAACACUGUCGCUGCUGGUGGUGGAUCUAUUCUCAACUGGCGCAACGGUCUCUUCUACGUCGGACCCGAGUCUGCAAGCGCUCACCCUGGCCCGGCCUGUUAUCAUGCCAACUUGUUCCUUGGGCGUCUCUUGCCUGAAUAUUUCCCUAAUAUCUUCGGUCCAAACGAAGACCAGCCAUUGGAUACAGAAACGACUGCACGACUGUUCAAUGAGCUGACGCGCAAGAUCAAUAUCGAGCGCCGACAGCAAUUCCAGUCGGAGUAUUCCCCUGAGGAAGUUGCACUUGGCUUCCUCAAAGUUGCAGAUGAAUCAAUGGCCCGACCUAUUCGCAACCUUACGGAAGCCAGAGGGUUCGAGACCGCAUCCCAUCAUCUGGCUUGCUUUGGUGGUGCCGGUGGCCAGCACGCUUGCUCAGUGGCUGAUUCUCUCGGGAUUUCACGUAUCAUCAUCCACAAAUACUCCUCCAUUCUAUCAGCAUAUGGCCUUGCAUUGGCAGAGGUUGUCAAGGAGUCACAGGAGCCAGUAUCUUCGGACUACACGUCCUCUCACACGGCCCUUAUUGGAAGAUUUGACACCAUGGCAGCGAUCGCAACCAAGGAGAUGGAAGACCAAGGUUUCUCCGCUUCUCAGGUUCAGCACGAGCAGUAUCUGAACAUGCGAUAUGAAGGGUCGGACACCAGCCUGAUGAUCCUCAAGCCCACGGAUUCAGUUGAUUUCCUCGAAGAAUUCCGUGUUCGCCAUCGCCGUGAGUUCAACUUUAAUUCCGAGCGUCCAGUUCUCGUGGACGACAUUCGAGUUCGAACAAUUGCUUCCUCCAAAGUGCGAACAGAGGAAAGCCCCCUGGUUCAAUUAAAGGCAGCCAAUAUACAAGAUGUUACCACAGCGCCGGCUAGUAAAAGCUCGGCCUAUUUCGAUGGCCAUUCAAGUCGCAUUGACACACCAGUUUAUCUGUUGGAUGAGUUAGCGAGGAACUCCCGCAUUGCAGGCCCGGCUGUCAUCAUCGACAACACGCAAACGGUCGUGGUGGCCCCCAACGCAGUGGCAAAUCUGCUCGAUACUUGCAUUGUUAUUGAUCUCAAGGAUGAGCCUGCCCUUUCCGCCGGGAGCUCCCUGUCAUCGGGUAUUGAUCCCAUUCGACUCAGCAUCUUUGGGCACCGUUUCAUGUCUAUUGCGGAGCAAAUGGGCCGCACGCUGCAGAAAACUUCUGUCUCUACAAACAUCAAAGAGAGACUCGACUUCUCUUGUGCUCUGUUUUCGCCUGAUGGCGGGCUUGUGGCCAACGCGCCACAUGUGCCAGUUCAUCUCGGUUCAAUGCAAUUUGCCGUGCGGUACCAGCAUCAGAAGUGGCUAGGUAACUUGAAGGAUGGCGAUGUCCUUGUUUCAAACCAUCCUACCUGCGGAGGCACCCAUCUGCCGGACAUCACCGUCAUCACCCCCGUCUUUGAUCGACCGGGAGGCUCCGAGAUUAUGUUCUACGUAGCCUCUCGUGGGCACCAUGCUGAUAUCGGCGGCAUCUUGCCUGGUUCGAUGCCUCCUAAAUCAACCGAGCUGUGGCAAGAAGGUGCCGCCAUUGAAGGCGACAAGAUUGUCAGUGACGGCGUUCUGGAUGAGGCUCGUUUGAUUGAGCUUCUGGUCACCAAGCCCUCCCAAUAUCCCGGUUGUGCUGGAGCGCGCUGCAUCAGCGACAACCUUUCCGACCUCAAGGCACAAAUUGCCGCCAACACUCGCGGUAUCACUCUGAUUCAAACGUUGUUCAAUGAAUACGGAACGCAGACGGUGCAGAAGUACAUGUAUGCCAUCCAGGCAACUGCUGAAACCGCUGUUCGCAACUUGCUGAAAGAACUCCACCAAAAGUUCGAAGGAAAGCCUCUGGAAUCGGUGGACUACAUGGAUGAUGGCACCCCGAUCAAACUCAAAGUCACCAUUGAUGGCAACGAUGGAUCCGCUAUCUUUGAUUUCGAAGGCACAGGUCCGGAGGUCUAUGGUAGCUGGAAUGCUCCCAUCGCCAUUACCCACUCGGCCAUUAUCUACUGCUUGCGUUGCAUGAUCAACGCAGAUGUCCCGCUGAACCAAGGAUGCCUGGCGCCAAUCGAUAUCCGUGUGCCAUCUCCCAGUAUCCUUUCCCCGACCAAGACGGCCGCGGUUGUGGGCGGUAAUGUCGUUACUUCCCAGCGUAUCACUGACGUUGUCUUCAAGGCUUUCCAAGCCUGCGCUGCGUCUCAGGGUUGCUGUAACAACUUGACUUUCGGCACCGACCCCAAGCGUGACCCGUCUACCGGUGACGUGGUUACUCCUGGGUUUGGAUACUACGAAACGAUCGCCGGUGGCAGUGGUGCCGGUCCCACUUGGAAGGGCGAGUCUGGCGUGCAGGUGCAUAUGACCAACACGCGUAUCACCGACCCAGAGAUCUUAGAAAAGCGUUAUCCAACUAUGCUUCGGCAAUUUACUUUGCGCCAAGGCUCCGGCGGACAAGGCAGGAACCCCGGUGGUGAAGGUGUUAUUCGUGAUAUCGAGUUCCUGUCCCCCAUGAAGUGCUCUAUCUUGUCGGAGCGACGUGUGCAUCAGCCGUAUGGACUGGAGGGUGGACAAAAUGCACAAAGCGGAUUGAACCUCUGGGUCACGCGCGACGAUGAGACUGGCGAAGAACGCAUCAUCAACAUUGGAGGCAAGAAUACCGUCGAGAUGAAGACUCACGAUCGAAUCGUGAUCAACACUGCCGGUGGUGGUGGCUGGGGUGCUGUAUGA